AUGAAACCUCCCCAAAGAGGACGUGGUGGUGGUGUUAGAGGUGGAAGAGGUUUAGCCAGAGGCGGUGAAGGAAGUGCCGUAAGAGGCAGUGGAAGAGGCGGCGAAAGUGGCCGUGGAAGAGGGCCUGGAAGAGUUAAAAGUGAAUCGGACGGUGGAAUUAAGGGAGGAAGCAAAGUGUUAGUGACACCACACAGGCACGCAGGAGUGUUUGUUGCCAAAAGUAAAGCAGAUGCUCUUGUAACCAAGAACUUAGUUCCUGGUGAAAUCAUUUACAAUGAGAAGAGAAUCUUUGUUCAGAACGAAGACCGAUCUACUGUUGAAUACAGAGUUUGGAACCCUCAUAGAUCUAAGUUAGCUGAUGCUAUUACCACUGGUGUUGAUAACAUUUGGAUCAAACCUGGUGUUAAAGUUCUGUACCUUGGUGCUUCUUCUGGAUACACCGUGUCUCAUGUCUCUGACAUUGUUGGUCCAGAGGGAUGUGUUUACGCUGUUGAGCAUUCUGAUAUUUGUGGUAAAGUUUUGAUGAACAUGGCGGAGAAGAGAACUAAUGUUAUACCAAUCAUUGAAGAUGCUAGACAUCCUGCUAAAUAUAGAAUGCUUGUGGGAAUGGUUGAUAUCAUAUUCUCUGAUGUUAAUCACCCUGAGCAAGCUAACAUAUUAAGUCUCAAUGCUUCUUAUUUCCUCAAAUCUGGAGGGCACUUUAUGAUCUCUAUAAAGGCGAAUUCUAUAGACUCAACAAUUGCAGCAGAAACUGUGUAUCAGAUGGAAGUGGAGAAGUUACAAAUGGAAGAGUUGAGACCAACAGAGAUAUUGCAUCUUGACUCUUGUGAGGAAAAGCAUGCUUGUGUUUUUGGUGGAUAUCGCUUGCCUAGGAAGUAA